AUGGCUGGAGGUUUCGGAAAAUGCAGCAAGAUCCGUCACAUUGUGAGGCUCAGGCAGAUGCUCAGACGGUGGCGCGACCAAGCGCGGAUGUCAUCUUCCAGCCGUUGUGUGCCGUCGGAUGUGCCGUCAGGACACGUGGCGGUCUACGUGGGGAGCAGUUGCAGGAGAUUUGUGGUGCGCGCGACGUAUCUGAACCAUCCGGUCUUAAGGAAUCUUCUGGUUCAAGCGGAGGAAGAGUUCGGUUUCGUGAACCAAGGUCCGUUGGUUUUCCCUUGUGAAGAAUCGGUUUUCGAGGAAUCGAUUCGGUUUAUAUCCCGGUCCGAUUCGACACGGUCGAGACGGUUUACUUGUCCCGACGAUUUCCAGAAGAACUGCCACGUGGAGAUCAGAAAGAAGCUGGAUAUCUGGAUUGAAUCUCGACCGUUGCUUUACGGCGUCUCUGAAAAAUCCAUAUGGUGA